AUGGUUCGAUUGGAGGAGGUUAUCGGUAACGCUCUACCUGGAUGUGGUUUGAAGGCUUCACCACACAUAGAUUCUCGAAUGAAGACACUUGUAGCCAAGUUUAGGGAUAUUUCUCAAAUGUUAAACACAAGCGGAUUUGUUUGGGAUGAUGAAAGAAAAAUGGUUUCUGUUGAAAGAGUUGUUUAUGACGAGUACUGUAAGAGUCAUCCAAGUUGCAAAAAUUUAUAUGGAGUUUCCUUUUCGCACUUUCAAGAACUGCAGAAUAUAUAUGGCAAAGACUAUGCUACUGGUAAACCAUCUGAAGGUUAUGUUGAAGCAAUUAACCAUUUGGAAAAAGUUGCCCCUUCGCAGGUUAUACUUGAUUCAAGUGAUGAUGAGGGACCCCGUGAUUCUGGCACUGUUAAUUCGCCUCCCUAA